AUGGCGGGAGCGGCGGGGCUGUGGCGGCUGAGGGCGAGCCCGGGAUUGUGGCCGCUGCCGGGCCCGGCCGUGCGGGGCUGGGCGGUGCUGCCCGCACCCCGCAGCCGCCCGCUGUCGCAGCUACCGCCGGGCCGCGGGCCGCGGGCGGGCGCGCAGAGACGGCUCGUGUCGUGGCGGUCGCUGGCGGCCACCGUGGUGCUGGGCGGGGGGCUGCUGGCCGGCAUGAAGCUGAUGAAGCGGCACAAGGAGGAGAAACUGGAGAAGGAACGAAACCGAGGCAUUGGGAAGCCGCUGCUGGGAGGGCCCUUCUCCCUCGUCAGCCAUGAGGGACAGCCCAGGACCAGCAAGGACUACAUCGGCCAGUGGGUGCUGAUCUACUUUGGCUUCACUCACUGCCCUGACAUCUGUCCUGAUGAGCUGGAGAAAAUGAUUGCAGUGGUAGAUGAAAUUGAUCGAAUUCCAUCUUUGCCUAAUCUGACCCCACUCUUCAUCACCAUCGAUCCUGAGAGGGACAACCAAGAAGCCAUUGCCAGAUAUGUUAAAGAAUUUUCUCCGAAGCUGGUGGGAUUGACUGGUAGCAAGGCACAGAUUGACCAAGUGGCUAAAGCAUACCGUGUGUACUACAGUGAAGGGCCCAAGGAUGAGGACAACGAUUACAUAGUGGAUCACACAAUAAUUAUGUACCUCCUCGGCCCCGAUGGUGACUUUGUGGACUACUAUGGCCAGAAUAAGAAGAGUGCUGAGAUUUCGUCUUCUAUUGCUGCACACAUGAGAAAAUACAGAUCCUAAAACAGAAGGUCCUCAAAGAUUGCUGUGACUGUCACCUGGGGGUUUGGCUGUGAUUGGACACUGGAGUUAAAGCAGAAGCACACAAGUGUAACAUCCUGUCAAGCAGGUCUCCUUUCUUCCAAAUAAGAGAGGUUAUCCAUGUUUCUGCAAAUUCCCAUUACCAAAAAUCUCUACAGAGCCUUUCCCAUGGAUAUCAUUUCCAACAAGAUCUCGGGUACAGAAUAAAAUUUGAGACUUCUCUGAAA